AUGACUGAUGACAGUUGACCUCACUGGACAACCUCUUAAAUCGCUGUUUUCAUGCCGAAUAUUGUACGAGCAUCUGUGAUACAGACAUGCACUGCUGCAUAUUGUCUGAGCGACACGCUCGAUAAGUUUGAACGCCUUACGAGGCUUGCAAAGGAACGGGAUGGCUCGCAGCUGGUUGUGUUCCCAGAAGCAUUUAUUGGCGGUUAUCCCAAGAUGUCUCAUUUUGGUGCUGUCGUUGGGGAUCGUCUACCAGAGGGCCGAGACGAAUUUCUUCGUUACUAUAAUGCAGCCAUCGAUAUUCCUUCACCCGCCAUCUCCCGCAUAGAAGCAGUUAGUAAGGAGACGGAUAUCUUUGUGGUGAUGGGCGUCAUCGAGCGAGAUGUGGGCACCUUGUACUGCACCGCUAUAUUCAUUGAUCCAGAGGGAGGCCUUGUCGGUAAACAUCGCAAACUGAUUCCUACAGGUACAGAACGGAUCAUCUGGGGCCAAGGGGAUGGUUCUACACUGCCCGUGAUUCAGAAGAGAUUUGGCGCGCUAGAUAGCGAGGCUACGAAAAUAUCGGCAACUAUAUGCUGGGAAAAUUAUAUGCCUCUGUUGCGGACACACUAUUAUUCCCUUGGCACUCAGAUCUAUUGCGCACCCACUGUGGAUUCACGUCCACAAUGGCAAAAUUCCAUGAUCCACAUAGCCAUAGAAGGUCGCUGCUUCGUUCUCUCCGCCUGCCAAUUUGCCACCGAGAAGGACUAUCCUCCGGGACACGCCGUCUCAGAUACCAACAAUUGUCACCCAGACAAUGUAAUGAUUAAUGGGGGAAGCGUGAUAGUUAGCCCCUUGGGUGUAGUCCUAGCAGGUCCGUCAAGAGAGCCAGAGGAUAUCCUCACUGCUAAUUUGGAUCUGGAUGAUAUACCGAGGGGAAAGUUUGAUCUUGACGUGGUUGGGCAUUAUGCCAGACCAGACAUUUUCCAUUUUAAAACUCAUGUUGUUUAACUUUGCUCAGUUGUGGAAAUUGUCAAAUGAUUGUUUGUUCUGUCUUCGCCGUUCCAGUUUGCAAGUCCUCAUACUGACAUGGAUUCUACGAUUCCCCGUGUCGACCUGUAUAUGAACGGACCAUCCAAAGCAACACUAUUUCCGGUCAGCUACAGAAGCUACUGACAUGCUUAUACGAAUGCUGGAGCCUUUACAUGACCAAAACAACGCCUUGACCAAGCCGCCCUUUGUCAAGCCAUAAGUGGCCCAAGUGUUGGACCUUUUUCCAAAGAUGCUCAAACACAUGAAG